ACAACCGUGACACAUGUACUCAAUUUUUCAACUUUUCGCAAUUAAAAUUGUCUUCUACUGUUAUUGUUGUUGUUGUACUUUUGAAAGUAGUUCGAAAGAUGGCGACCAUUAACCCAGAGAUUGAUUUAUGAAAUAAAUCGUCUGCUGAUCCAGAGUGAUGAAAUAAAUCGUCUGCUGAUCCAGAGUGGGAAGUUUUCACUUUGGGCGGCAACCUCCGCGCAGUGAUUUGACGGGAACCAGCAUCACGUGUAUGUGAGAGCAAGGAACGAUAACUCUGCGUGGAGAUUGUUUGGGUGGCAGUCAAUAUUUCACGCUGCAGAAACAGAACCGAACUUUGAAGCUACAGAGGAGAAACUGCUGGUCUGUUAUUCCUACAGCUACAGAGGAGGGGUUGCUGGUCUGUUAUUCCUACAGCUACAGAGGAGGGAUUGCUGGUCUGUUAUCGAGAUGAUGACACCAGAGAACUUGGUCUCGUCAGAGACAAGUACUUGCUCUUCUGACCUAAAUAUAUCAAUGGAGAAGAAAUUUUCCAAUGAUAGUUCUGCAAGACAGUACAAUUGUGAGGUGUGUGGUUAUGCAUGUAUCCGUAGUAGUGACUUCAGGAUACACAUGAGGAUACAUACAGGAGAGAACCCAUACAAGUGUGAGGUGUGUGGUUAUGCAUGUAACGAGAAUAGUUCCUUGAAGAAACACAUGCUGAUACACACAGGAGAAAGACCAUACAAGUGUGAGGUGUGUGGUUAUGCAUGUAAGGCGAGUGGUACCUUGAAAAUACACAUGAGGAUACAUACAGGAGAGAAACCAUACAAGUGUGAGGUGUGUGGUUAUGCAUGUAACCAGAAUAGUACCUUGAAACAACACAUGAGGAUACAUACAGGAGAAAAACCUUACAAGUGUGAGGUGUGUAGUUAUGUCUGCAACCAGAGUAGUACCUUGAAAAUCCACAAUAUGAUACAUACUGGAGAAAGACGGUACACAUGUGAGGUGUGUGGUUAUGCAUGUAUUGAGAGUGGUACCUUGAAACAACACAUGAAGAUUCAUAAUGGAGAGAAACAGAACACGUGUGAGGUGUGUGGGUACGCAUCUAAUUAUAGUGGUGGCUUGAAGAGACACAUGAAGAUACAUACAGGAGAGAGACAUUUCAAGUGUGAGAUGUGUAGUUAUGUCUGCAUCCAGAGUAGUGACUUGAAGGUACACAUGAGGAUACAUACUGGAGAGAAACCAUAUAAGUGUGAGGUGUGUGGUAAGGCAUGGCACCAGAGUGGUUCUUUGAAGAAUCACAUGAAGAUACAUACAGGAGAGAGACAUUAUAAGUGUGAUAUGUGUAGUUUUGUCUGCAACCAGAGUAGUGACUGGAAGAGACACAUUAUGAUACAUUCUGGAGAGAAACUGUAUAAGUGUGAGGUGUGUGGUUAUGCAUUUAACCGUAGUGGUAACUUGAAGACACACAUGAAGAUACAUACAGGAGAGAGACAUUUCAAGUGUGAGGUGUGUAGUUAUGCAUGUGACCAUAGCAGUCUAUUUAAGAUACACAUGAGGAUACAUACAGGAGAGAGACCAUACAAGUGUGAGGUGUGUGGUUAUGCAUGUAGCCAAAGUGGUUCUUUAAAGAAACACAUGAAGAUACAUACAGGAGAGAGACUGUAAAAGACUGUAUAAGUCUGAUGUGUGUAAAUGUGGUAAAGCAUUAAACUAGAGUGGCUCAU